UGGAUACGUGGAAUAGAAGAGUCAAUUCCAAUGUUUUUAAUACGUUCUGGUUAUAAAGAUGUAGACACUGUUGUUUGUGAAUUGGAACAAAAUAACAAAGGGAAAAAAGGUUAUAAUUUAUUAUUUGAGCUUAUUAUAGACCGGCGCGGUACGGGAGUGCGGAAUUUUGCGGGAAUAUUUUCGGAUGAGUUCCGCACUCUUUUUAAGGACUUCCGCAUGCGGGAUCCCGCAAAUACAAUUUUGCCGGUCUCUACUAUUUUAGUAAAAAUAUGCCAAAAUUCAAAAAUUUUUUUGACAAAAAAUUUUUGAAAAAGAUUUUUGGUAAAAAAUUACCGGAAAUUCAAUGUAUUUGAGGAAAUUCAAACCUUAACUAUAAAAAAAUUUUUUAAUCUAAAAUUUUUUUUAUUCAGCAGUAUAUCAUAUAAAAUUGUCAAAAUUUCCACAAAAUCUAGAGGAAAUGGCUAUUGCUCGAUAUUUAUUCAAAUUAAUUUUUAAUUGUGCUUUUGAAUAUUUUGAAAUUAGUCGGACUAUAAUUAAUCCACAAAUGAUUCAAUUAUUGUUUGAUGAAACUACAACAAAUUUUCCUUUACAAAUACAUUCUCAAAAGGCAAACUUUUAUACGCG